AAACAGAAAUAUCCCCGCCUCCACCACUGUUCUUCUCCCCCACCUCCCUCUCCUCCCCGGCUCCGAUUUCUCCCCCCGAAUUCGCCCCUCAUUUGCUCGUCUGCCCUUCCUCGCAGUCCGCCGCGGCCUCACACGUCGACGGACUCGCUGCCGGCGGCGGGACGGCGUCCCCUCUGCUGGCACAGAACUGUCAGACGCGGAGUGGAGAUCCACCCCGGCCUGGAAUGGUUCCUUCGUCCGUCGCUGAUCACAAGGAAAGAUGGAGUGGUGGGGGUGCUGAUAUUGUCUAGUGCAUCCCAAUGUGAAAGAAUCUUUUACAAUGGCCCCAGGAAGCAGCAUUGUGACUGUAGUUCCCGAGUCAGACUGUGUAGACCAUGGGCUCUCUGAGGCACUCAGUAGUAUCAGGCUUGAUGGAGAGUCUACAAGUAAGCCCUCUUGGGCUGCGUCACUUGUCAAUGUUGGUCUAUCGUCAUUGACUGGCUUGAAUGAUUUGCUCGAGUGUCCAGUGUGUACAAACUCAAUGCGGCCACCCAUACUUCAGUGCCCAAAUGGUCACACAAUUUGCUCCAGCUGUAAGCAUAGGGUAGACAAUCAUUGCCCUACUUGCCACCAGGAACUGGGAAAUAUCAGAUGCUUAGCUCUUGAGAAGGUGGCUGAAUCAAUUCAGCUCCCAUGCAAAUACCAAAGCCUGGGCUGUCCUGAGAUUCAUCCUUACCAAAACAAACUUAAGCACGAGGAGCUCUGCAGGUUCAGGCCAUACAGUUGUCCAUAUGCAGGUUCAGAAUGCCUGGCCGCAGGUGAUGUUCCGAUGCUCGUGUCUCAUCUCAUAAAUGACCAUAAGGUGGACUUGCAUGAAGGCUGCACCUUUAACCACCGUUACGUGAAGUCAAACCCUUACGAAGUGGAAAAUGCUACAUGGAUGCUCACUGUUUUCAAGUGUUUUGGUCAACACUUCUGCCUCCACUUCGAGGCGUUCCUGCUGGGGAUGUCGCCAGUGUAUAUGGCCUUCCUGCGUUUCAUGGGCGAGGAGAGCGAGGCGCGGAACUUCUGCUACAGUCUGGAGGUUGGCGGAAAUGGGCGGAAGCUGACGUGGCAGGGCACGCCCCGGAGCAUCCGCGAUGGCCACAAGAAGGUGCGGGACAGCUUCGAUGGCCUCAUCAUCCACCGCAACAUGGCUCUCUUCUUCUCUAGUGGCACCAGGCAGGAGCUCAAGCUGCGGGUGACCGGCCGCAUCUGGAAAGAGCAAUGAGGAGAUGAACGACAAGCAGCCGCUGCUCCUCUGCCAGGUGCAAAGCCCCCCUCCCCCUCAGGAGCGGGCUGCGGCAGCGGGAACCCAGCCGCCGGCGCUGCGGAUCUGGCCUGUGCAGAUGCUUCUUCCAUUCUUGCUGACCACCCCCAUGAUUCCAUUAUUUUGUUCUUGUGCUGCUGGGAGAAUAUGUCUACUACUACUUGAUGUACAAAUCCUUCAAGAAAUUGUUUGUCGAGACCAUGGAAGGAAGUCUUCCCUAGAACAUAUAUGUUGUGAAUUC